GUCUGGCUGGCGGCGCUUGAUUGAGAAUGCGGAACGCGUCUGCUGAGAUGGUCUGGGCAGAUAUAGGCGAGAUUUCUGUACCACGCUCUCCAGCUCCCUUUCCUUCAGGACGCCAAGGCUCUGUACACCCCGUUCACGUUAAGUCGAUGAGCGCGGAAAGAAGGGGGCGCUUAUACGGAUCUUUUGCAACCGAGAAAUACACUUUCACCUCGGAGGCAAUCUCCAGCGGGACUCGUUCCGUUCGACGAAGGCACUCGCUCGCGCAUCGGGAUUGGUCACCCGAUCACGCCCGUUAUAAAAGCGAGCGACGAGGGUGAACACCUUGCCACAUCCGACAUGAAGGCGCAGCAGCAAUUGGCAUCCGUACUGCUAGCCCUGUUUGUUUGUGUCCAAGGACAGGAGUACUUCCCAUAUGGCGCGGGACUCAGUGGAAUUCAAACAGGUCAAGUUCCAGCUGCAAAUAUUAUAAGGGCACCGCCAUUACCAAACGCCCCCAUCAGCUCUGGCCCAGCAGUCAAUCUGAAUCUACCUCUUGGACGCUCUUACAAACAACCCGAAGGAGCAUAUGGCAUCGGUUCUGUCGUGCGAAAUGGCCGCAUUGCCAUUCCUCCCGGGGCCACAGUGGCUGCGAACGGUAACGGAAGGCUCACAGAAGUGCUCGGCCUCGGAAGCCUUUACAUAGAAAGAGGAGCCAACAGUGGCACUCUGUCAUCUCCCGGUCGGCUUGUUCGCAUACAAAAAAGAUCUGUUGACGAAAGUCGUGGCUUGCGAUUUCACUACAGCGAAGACCUCAGUACGGCCGCCUUGGAGCUUAGCGGCGCUGGAGUCUUGCCUAGGCAUGCAAAACAGGACGAGUAUGAUCGUGCAAGUCUGUACAAGCUCGCAAAGGAAGCUCUUAAGAAGAAUCCACGUAAAGGCAUCUCAUUUAAGAAACCAGAGGGAAAAUAUGGCGUUGCCUCUAUUUUUGAUGACGUGAAUCCACGUUUUAGUAGUGAUGCAGAGAAGCACAAGAUAUUCGAAGAUAAGGUUGGUCGAAAAUAUCCGGUUGAUGAGCAUGCACCGAGCUCACCAGAAGAAGCCCUGAGAAUUGUUGCGCAGCAACCUACUGGAGUAUCCCACAAGAAGCCUGAGGGGGAAUACAGCAUUGCUCCACUGUUUGAUAGGGCAACUUUAUUCAAUCCUUUCAUCUAUAGGCGACACAGGAGGCAAGCCGUUGGCUCCGGGUCAGUCACUGCCGUUCUAGUCGACUUUGACAAGGACACCGACGCACCGGCACAGCCACGUUCGCCUACAACCAGCAGUUUCGCUCCCGUCGUCGGAUUCACGGUGCAGGAACCCGAAGGUGGCACUCCUAGCAAGCACAUCCUCAAAAACGUCAUCUACAGGAAACACCCAGGAAGUUUUAAACCGGCGCUUUCACCAGACGCGCCGCCUGCCAAGCCGGUGCUGAGAAUUCCAGACAGCAUUGAACUGCCGCCACUUGCUAGCAUACCCCACAAGAGCGGCGAGGAGUCGCCUGACAUCCAGACCGUUGCUCUGCCCGUCGCUUCACAGGUCAGCAUUCGACCGAAGCCUAUCAUCUCCCGAAAAGCAACCUCUACGGCAACCAUCGAGUUUCGACCAACCUUCCCUGUAGAGCACAUCAAGCCGGCUCUCCCACCGCUGCCAAGACCCACGACUCCCCGCCACUCGAAGGCUUCGCACUCAAACACAGACUCCCUCAAGAAGGCACCUCCGAAAUCGACCGCAGAAUCGCACAACUUGGCAACAACGCCUCUGGUUGCUGUGCCGGCUGGACAAGUGGUUUACAAUCGACAGCUCGCAGGAUCAGUGCCCGUGCAACCGGUGCAAAAUGUUGCACUUCAAUCCAGACCUCCAGCCAUUCCAACGCAGACUCUGAGACCAACGCCAACGGUGCAACGAGUGCUAACUCAGCCCCAGCACCAAGCAGUAGCGCAGCAGACCACUAGAGUACACCCGCAUCUUCAAGCCCAACCAAACAUAGUCGCUGCAGCACCAGCCCAAUCAACACUUCAAGUGCAGCCGACCGUGGUCGCCGCGCCCGCACCUGCACCGCAGCUCCAAACGGUCGCAGCGUCCCCUUACCCGGGAGCUUUGUACCAGCAGUACACGCCUUUGGACCCAAAUACGUACCAGGUGGCCCAGCCAGGACAGUACCAAACCUUCCAACACUCGCCCUACACGCUGCCUUAUGCCGCUAUUGUCGCAGAUCCUUACAGCCAAGCCAGGAUUGUGCGAUCAACUCUAGGAAGGCUGAGGCAACAAGCCUCACCAUAUUACUCCUCUUCCGUCUACGACUUGACUAAAAGGAUUAUCCAGGGAGUACACUCGUGAACAACGACGUUCAGAUCUCGAUCCAUAGCAUCAUCGAUUGUACAAAUUCAUCGAGGCACUCAUCCGCAGAAACAGACCAUCACCCAAAGUUCAUCUCAAGCAGCUAUCAAAGGCAAAAUGACAUGAAAUUGCAUUGAUAUCUCUCAUUAUCUUCAUUUCUGAUCUUUAUUCGUCUGCUGUACUGAAUAAAUUAUUAUUUAGGUUG